AUGGAUUCUGCACCUCUUCCCAGCAUUGAUAAACUUAGAGACGACUUUAUUUGCACAAUUUGUUUGAAUAUAUUCUUUGAGCCUGUCACCAUAUCUUGCGGUCACAGCUUUUGUAAGAAAUGUUUGGUUGUUGCUAUGGACAAGUAUAAGAAAAAUUGCCUGGUUUGCAGACAGUGGGUUAACAUAAGGUUUAUGUUUAUAAAGUUUUGA